AUGAGACACUGCGUGACUGCUUCACUUCCAUGGGACAUGUUCAUAAUUUUUGCAUUAACUGUGCUCACAGCUCAGGCUUUUCCCCAGACAGAGAUUAAACUUAGUCAAGCGUUUACUGAUGUGAGCCAGCCAUUCGCCUGCCCUCUGUUUUGGACAGAAUACAACGGGAACUGCUACAGGUUUUUCCCAAUGAAUAAAACAUGGGCAGAAGCAGACUUUUACUGUGCUGAGUUUUCACUUGGCCGGACAACUGCCAAAUUAGUUUCUAUCCACAGCUGGGAUGAAAAUAUUUUUGUGUUUGAUCUUGUGAACAGCCAAGUUCCUGGAAUACCUACAGAUAUCUGGAUAGGAUUAAGUGACAGAAGACAGGAAGGAGACUUUGAGUGGACAGACGGAACAGCAUAUGACUACAAUUACUGGGACGGAAAUCAGCCAGAUGAUGCCACAAACAGUAGUCCAGAAGAUGAGGACUGUGUACAGAUUUGGUACAGAUACUACAGCGCUUUGCGCUCUUGGAACGACAAUAGCUGCAGUCGCGAGUUUCCUUUUGUCUGCAAGAUCCCAUCUUUAGCACACAUGUGA